AUGGCAACACCCAACCCUGCUGCGGGGGCGGGGGCGGAGAGCGACUCAACUGAGAGUCGCGCCGCCCGGAAGCAAUUGGAGGAGGCGUUGGGAAAACUUGACAUCUCCGAGGAAGAAGCGACUCCUCUAAUACUCGAUGAUCGCAACGACGGCGGGCCGGAGAAGUGGUUGUUGGCUGGUAAGGUGUUACACCGCAACCAAUUUCACAUCCAGACUAUCACCAACGCUCUCCGGCCGGCGUGGGGUAACCCACGAGGUCUACAGUUCAGAUCGGCGGGCGUCAAUGUCUUCGUGGCGGAGUUUGACAGCCAGAGAGACAGAGAUCGGGUUUGGGGUGGAUCCCCGUGGCACAUCAACAAGAAUGCCGUGGUGUUGGCCGAGUUUGAUGAGUGUAUGAGACCUGAUGAGGUGAAGUUUGACAAGCUAAUGGUUUGGGCUAGGGUUGUGAAUCUGCCAUACAAUUUGCGGGAUGAAACCUGGUGGAAUCCAAUAGCCAAACAGAUGGACAAGAAUGCUUUUGCGGUUAAAUUUGAUCACAAUGGUGGAUACUUGAGAGCCAGGAUUACUAUAGAUGUUGCCAAGCCGCUCAGGCGUUGGAUUUUGAUUGAUUCGGCCAGGAGGAAAAAGGUGGACAUGUACGAUAUUCAGUAUGAACAGAUACCCUACUUUUGUUUCUCCUGUGGCAGACUAGGGCACUCGGAGCUAUAUUGCCCUAACCAUGGGUCUAGGGAUGAGAAGGGCGAGCUCCCGUUUGGCCCCAAUCUGAGGGCUCCAGAGGAGUCUUGGAAGCCGGCGAACAGUGGUAACACAUCGAGGUCAGGCGCUAGCAAGCCGGCCACGAGGAAUUCAAGCACAAACAAGGACAAAGGUGAGGAAGUUGAUUCUCCGAUCAAGAGUAAGCAGCCACUAAAGAGAAAAGAUGCCCCAAACCAAGUCUACAGACCUGUGGCAAAAACCUUGCUGCUCACUGACGGGGGAGUGAACACAGCCGAAGGACAGGGAAUCCUUGCCAAGGAUGGUGAUACUUCCGCUAGUAAUGACACAGAACAUGAUGAUUUUGUCAGGAACGCAAAGAAGAAGAAACCCACACCUGAGAACUCGGCAGAGACCGCUACGCGGUCCUGCCCGUCAUCAUGA